ACUUGCGAACAACAACAAGUCAACAAGAACAAGUAAAUAAAAGGGACUUUGGACUUUUAAUUUUUUAUUAUUAUUUUUACAAUUUUAAAUAUUAUCUUGACUCUAAUAUUAUGUUAAGAUAUGUUAGACAUAGUUAAUUGAUGCUUAGUGUAUUUCUACGAUACAUAAAAUCAUGUAUAAUCCUGCGGUAACCGUGAAACGUAUAGAUGUUUUGAUACGCAUUUUAAAUGGUCGUAAAAUCAUAAUAAAACCAAAUAUUGUGAGAGCUUAUUCAAGUGAAGGAAGAGUAACCAUAGGAAAUGUGAGCAAGGAAAUAACAACCCCGAAAAAGGUUGAAUAUGUGCCCAAAAAGUAUUUGAUAGCAGAAGAGGCACAGCUAAAAUCAUUAUCUCAAAGUACCCUCAGAAAUUUGAGAUGGAUGAUGCAAAAAGAUAUCCUUGGGCAGGAUAUGUUUCUCUUGGGCAGACCCGGACCAAGCAGGAGAAAAGUAGCGUUACAGUACUUAGAGUUAACACAGAGAGAAAUAGAGUAUGUUGCUCUAUCAAGAGACACAACAGAGGCGGAUCUUAAACAGAGGAGAGAAAUACAGAGUUCAACUGCUAAAUAUUUUGACCAAAGUGCAGUACGAGCGGCAACAGAAGGUCGCGUCCUCGUUUUAGAAGGAAUAGAGAAGGCUGAACGGAAUGUGUUGCCAGUGUUGAACAAUUUGCUCGAAAACAGGGAGAUGCAUUUGGAAGAUGGCAGAUUUCUAAUACCUGCUUCUAGAUAUGACAAAUUGUUGGCAGAACAUGGGCCUGAAGAAGUUUCGAGAUGGAGGUUGGUGCGUGUAGACGAGAACUUCCGGGUGAUAGCGCUAGGAUUGCCGGUACCCAAAUACAGUGGGCAGCCGCUAGAUCCGCCGCUUCGUUCCAGGUUUCAGGCCAGAGAUGUGGCCACUGUCGGAUUUGGGGAACACCUGAACUCUUUAAAAGAAGACGCUCCGAAAGUGGACACGAAGAAACUGGAACAGGUCCUGUCUGCGGCAUACGCGCUAAUAAGUCCAGAGCUGCAGGAGAUCAGCUUACCUGACUUUCCGGUGGACAACCUUUAUGCUGCCGCUUUAAUAUUGGAAAGAAACCCUGAUAUCCCCAUACACAAACUCUUGUACAUCCUAUAUCCUUAUAACACUUUCCUGUCAAGAAAUCACGUAAAGAAUGUUGAGGCGGUGUUACACAAUCUAAGUAUUGAUACCAAACCAAAAUGGGACAUAGCUUUCAAAGGCGUACAGUUUACGGGAAAUCAGGCUUUAGUAGACAUGAGUAUCAAUGGGAAGGUAUCCCAAUUUGGCGUGCAAUGUGGAGAGAGACAGAGUAAGAGUGAAAUAAAAGGGUACGUCAGAACGGAUUACCAGACGCAGCUUCUGAAUGAGUUGCUGCUAAGUCACAGUGUUGGAGAUUUUUGUGUUGUUGGUCCAAAAGGCUGUGGCAAAAGUCUUCUAGUAAGCCAACUGGCAUCUCUCCUGGGCUACACCAUAGAACCUAUAGUCCUCUACCAGGAUAUGACAGCCAGGGACCUUAUUCAGCAAAGAACUACCCUGGACAACGGAGACACUGUGUGGAGGAACUCCGCCCUGGUGGAAGCUGCUCUAAAAGGUCGUUUAGCUGUACUGGAUGGAUUGCACCGGAUACACGCUAGCACUUUAGCUGUUUUGCAUAGAUUAGUGCACGAUAGAGAGUUGCAGCUACAUGACGGCACAAGGUUGCUUCGACAUGACAGAUAUGAUGAGCUGGUUAGCUCUGGACUAACGCAGGAGGACCUAGCAGAGAGCGGAGUGAAAAGAAUACAUCCAGCAUUUAGAAUAGUUGCUUUGGCGGAGCCGCCUGCACUGGGUACGGGUCAACAAUGGCUAUCUCCUGAAAUUCUCAGUCUGUUCUUGUUCCACGAGAUGAGAAAUUUAAGCAAGGAGGAGGAAAUAUUCAUCAUUAAUUCCUUAUAUGGAGAGCUCUCGAAUCCUUUGCACUCUAUUAUAGAUUUGGCCGAUCAAUUAAGAAAAUCCGAGGAUAGCACUCUCAAAAAUCUCUCUUCAUCUCUAUCCACUAGACAACUCUUACGUAUCGCCAGUCGAAUGGCCAAGUAUCCCACCGAUUCGUCUUACGAGACCGUACAAAGAACAUUCCUAGCGAAAUUCCUGCCAAACUUAGCCAGAAGAGCCUUAGACAGUGCCAGUUCCAAGAUCGGAAUAGAUCCUCCAUCCAAAUUUGGCAUAUUCAAUCGUGAACCGCAAAAAGUCGUUUGCUCAGUCAAAGAUGGUAUUCUCACAAUAGGAAACACCAGUACAAAUAUUUACAAAACAGACGCUUUGACUAAAGUUCCAGACAUUUUGUUCUACGACGUUCCACAACACAUGAGAUUGUUGGAAUGGUUGCUCCAAGACUUUUUGCUCGGAAACCAUCUGUUGUUAGUCGGCAACCAAGGCGUUGGCAAGAAUAAGAUAGCUGACAGACUUCUCCAGCUUUUAAAUCGUCCAAGAGAGUACAUCCAGUUACAUAGAGAUACUACAGUUCAGUCUCUGACAGUUCAACCCACUGUCAGAGACGGGAUCGUCAUCUAUGAAGAUUCUCCUUUGGUGAAAGCUGUGAAUUAUGGCCACGUAUUGGUCGUGGACGAGGCAGAUAAAGCGCCGACUCACGUCACCUGUAUUCUGAAGACGCUAGUUGAGAAUGGGGAAAUGAUUCUGAGCGAUGGAAGGAGAAUAGUUCCACAAGAUAUGCUGGAAAGCUCUGGGGGCGAUGUAUCAAGCUUUAUUCCCGUGCAUGACGAUUUCAGGAUGAUAGUCUUGGCUAACAGACCGGGAUUUCCGUUUUUGGGGAAUGAUUUCUUUGCUUCCUUGGGUGACCUGUUCUCGUGCCAUGCAGUAGACAAUCCCUCAGUAGACUCCGAGCUAGAGUUGCUCCGGUCAUACGGACCGGACGUCCCUCAGGAUAUCAUGAGCAAGUUGGUGCAGGCCUUCGCUCAGCUCAGGAGUAUGGCCGACCAGGGGCAGUUGACCUACCCCUACUCUACACGGGAGCUUGUCAAUAUUGUCAAACAUUUGCAGAAAUACCCAGAAGAAGACUUGGCGACGGCGAUCGGGAACGUGUUCGACUUCGACCGCUACAGCAAAGACAUGGCGGACGCGCUGCUGGAGGUUCUGCAUGCCAGCGGGCUGCCCACCGAAGGUGUGCUGGAGGGACGGUCGAAGGAGGCGCUGAAGAAGAUACAGAUGACCAUUGAGAGAACUAGCGGAAAAGACGUAUCGUCCCCAAAGCACGGUAAAGAAGACCCGGAGAACCAACCCCAUGUCGGUGGUAACACAUGGGCGGGGGGCACCGGGGGGAGGGACACGGCUGGGCUGGGGGGCAAGGGGGGGCCUUACCGGCUGGACAAAGGGCAUGACGUGCACCAGUUAUCGGACGCUGAAAAGGACGACGUACCAGAACACGUGAAGAAGGCGGCGCGCGAUAUGAACAGGAAGGCUUUCGAGGAGAGAUUGAAGGAGAUUAGGAUGAGCGAAUUCGAUGCCAAGCUCUAUGGACAGUUCCUACGGGCUGUGCAACCUCAGAUAGGAGCACUUCGGGGGGUGCUGGCAGAGUUGCAGGCAAAGAAGAAAGAGCGACAGUGGAGCCGCCACCAGACCAGCGGGGAGUUGGACGACGGCAAGAUUAUUGAAGGGCUGACAGGCGAGAGAUCGAUCUACAGGCGGCGGACGGAGCAAGAGCCGCCGCCGGGCUCGCCGCCGGACAAACCCAAGCGGCUGCGACUAGUGUUGGACGUGUCGGGCAGUAUGUACAGAUUUAAUUCGUACGACGGCCGCCUGGAGCGUUCGAUGGAGGCGGUGGUGCUGCUAACGGAGGCGCUGCGCGGCUACGAGGCGCGCAUCCGGUACGACAUGCUCGCGCACUCGGGCGAGGAGCACGCGCUGGAGCUGGUGCGCGUCGGCCGCGUGCCGGAGAGCGAGAAGGAGAGGCUGCAGAUAAUCCGCACAAUGCACGCGCACGCGCAGUUCUGCUGGUCGGGCGACAACACGCUGGCGGCCACCAAGCACGCCAUCUCCACGCUUGCCAACGAAGACGCUGACGAAGCCAUUGUGUUGAUCCUGUCCGAUGCUAAUCUGAGGAGAUACGGCAUUGCACCCGAGCAUCUAGGAACCAUUCUUACAUCUGACCCCAGAGUACAAGCGCAUGUCAUUUUCAUAGGAAGCCUUGGUGACGAAGCCAAUACUCUUCUCCGCAAGCUGCCGGUGGGCCACGCGCACGUGUGCAUGGAAGUGUCGUCCCUGCCGCACAUCAUGCAGCAAAUAUUCGCCUCCUCGCUUCUGCAGAACUCUUGAUGUAACUGUAGUGUUUGUGUAUAUAUACAGCAGUAGUGGGAGAAAGCGGGCAGUCUGUCUCUGGCAUCGAGAGAAGGCGGACGUGUGCCGCUGGCCAUUAUAGUGUAUAAUAGUGUAGUGGUGAGACAGUGACUUACUGCUAUUACAGUAAGGACAAGGGACCUUACAGUAACAAUGCCUACCUUUAGCAAAUUUAUUACAAAUGUUUUAGCUCUAAUUUUACAAAGUUAAUCCAAAGGACAUGUCCCAAAAUGGGCCUUUAUAGUUUACAAGCGGGUUGAUAGUAUUUUUAACAGAUAUAAGACAUAAAGGAGAUAGUCCAAAAUUGUAUAGAGCCCAGGAUCAGUCAUUGUACCCUAGCGGAAACAAAAGAAGAUGUUUUUUUUAACUAUUUUUGAUUAUACAAAUUUACGAAUUUACUUUAAUUCUUUCAAAAUAAUAUUCAUUAACUGCCAAGAAAUGCAACAUUAAUAUGGGUAAUAAUGGCGGAUAGAUGACGUUUUCAAUGCCAUAAUCGAUUUGACGUUUGCUGUCAAUUGGCAUGUCAUUGUUGCUAUAUGGGCGCCAUCUAGAUAUAACUCGAAAACUUGGGUUUUAAUUUUAUUUAUUUCUUUUUAUUUAGUUAGAUUUAUUCACAUAUUUAGAUUUUAAUAAAAUCCUUCUAUUUUUAAAUUUUGGAUGAUACGGGGUACAAGAGUGGACCUGAAAUGGACCAUCUUCUUUAUUACAAAUGUUUUAGAUCUAAUUUUAUAAAGUUAAUCCAAAGGACAUGUCCCAAAAUGGGCCUUUAUAAUUUACAAGCGGGUUGAUAGUAUUUUUUACAGAUAUAAGACAUACAUUUAUUGAUUAGAACACAAUUUUCAGAAUUUUUGAAACCACCAUUAAUUAAAUGAAAAUUUCGCUCCUAAUGAUAACCAUAAACAAUACAGUAAAUAGACCAUAGACAAAAGAAUAGACCAUUUCUGAGAAUAAAGUGCAUUUCUGUAGUCCUUAAGUAGAUUAAAUAUACAUACCUACAUACCUAAAUAUUAUAUACAUGUCAGAUAAAAUGUGGUACACUUUGUUUUUUAUUUUAUCUAAUCUCGUGUAGUAUUACUCCAAUUAUGAAAUAAAAAUAUAUCUAAAUGACAUAGAUUAUUCACUUAUAUUAAAAAAGUAAUAAUUUAUGACACUGCGCUUUGUAUGAGUAAUUUUCCUCAAAACGUAUUAUAACAAUCCGCUAGGGGUAGCAUCGACCACCAUCCAUGCCAAUGAUAAUUUAUUUACAUUACUGUUUACAAAUUAUUCUGCAAUAUCAUAUACAAUUAUAUACGUUUUGAUAGGUUUGACGUUGUUGUCAUGGAGAUUUCAAAAUAAAUCGAACGCUAACCGCUAGACUGUGGUAACCGACAAAAACAAAAAUUUACAGGAAAACGUUUUUUGUGGUACGAGUAUUAUGUUGAAUUAGAAAUUUGCACUAACUUUAAAGUUUGUAUCGUUCAGGCGUUUGCAAUUUUGCUUACGACAAACAAUGGCAAUUGUAGAUUUUAGCAUAAACAACAAUACUUAGGUAAGCUAGUUUUAUAUUAUUGUAUUUUUAGCAGACUCAGAAGUGGAUUACAAUAAUGAGAAAACCAAUAUCGGUUCCCCGACCACAAGGUUCACAAUAUUUGUCAGGACAACUUAAUUAACAAAUCAAACUGUAACUAAAUUAAGACCCUAGAAUGGCCUUGAGUGAACUCACGAACUUGUGAUCGUUGUAUGUAGGGUUAAAGACGCCUUUGCCAGUAACUUAAAUGUGUGAGAAAUGUGUACGGCUCGAACGCCACGAGCAUACUGAACCGUACGACGAGGGCCGAAUAUCGCAAGUCGUUCCCGCCAAUCGGUCGCUACCCUCCCUACUCUUUACGGAAACAAGUCGCGCCACCUAGCGUCGGCACGAGCCAACACGAGAUCGAGCGACGUCAUAUCCGUCUCAGACUACUAUUUCCUACAAUGUAUUAAUGCUUGUUGCAUGAGAUUAGAUAAAGUAGAGUAUGAAACGUGCAUAACUUGUCUAAAGUGAAUUUUACUCGUAUAAAAAAAAACAUACAUACAGCCGAACGUAGAACCUCCUCCUUUUUGGAAGUCGGUUAAAAAUAAACGAAGUGAGUUUUUAUAAAAUGCACUCGGGACAGGUGCUUUAAUGACUCUCAUUAUGCAACCAUUUUUUAAUCUUUUAUUAUAUUAAGUUAUUCUAUUUUUAUAUUGAUAAACUAUAAUUUUGUAUUAUUGUACAUUGUUGUGAAUAAGCAAUAUGAGAUUAAUUACAUAUAUAAUAUGUAAAAGGUCACUAACCAGGCUGUGGAUUAUUUUCCAAAUAUGUUUGUUAUUAUGUGAAUUAAAAGAAAUAAAAUGAAUAUUUUAAAAUAAUAUAAUUACAAAUUAUUA